GCCUCACCAGCCUCGCUGUAACCUCCGCACCGCAAUGUCGUUCGGCUACGGAAUCGGCGACUUUGUGCUCCUUACCCAGCUGGCCUGGCAAGUUGUACAGAACUCGCGAAAAGCAUGCGGCGCUCACGAGGAGCUGACCUACUCAGCCACGAGCUUACACCGCAUACUCCGGCGACUGGAGGUCGAAGUUUCGAAGUCCGACUCGAUCCUCAGCCAAAGCGAUGAGGGGGCCGAUCGAAGGGGGCAAUUGGCGCAACUUUUGGGGGACUGCCAUCGGAAAGUCAAGUUCGGUAACGGAGAGAUGCUGGAUUUGGCGGAUAUCAGACUCAAGAUCUGCACUUACACGUCUUUAUUAACUUUGCAUAUCAACCUGCUUUCGAUGGGCUCGCAAGGGAAAGUAGAAUCUUUCAUGGAAUCGCAGGGGGAAGAGGUUAGAGAAAUACGACGGGCCUUGAAUUAUAUCACGGUGAUGAUGCAGGCAAAGGCACCAAAGGCUGGAGAGGGAUCGAUCCUAACGUCUUAUGCCGAAGACGAUAAGGCAAUAUGGAAAGACUUCCGGAGAGAACUGAUUUAG